UAUCAUACACAGUUGCGAGUGCAUAACUUUUUUUUUUCUUCCUUCCUAAAGAACAGAAAUGAAACCGUCCGUUUCCGUAUUGAACGUAGCCCCCCAAAAAUGCCGUCCAAGUUCCGAUUCCUAAAACUCUUCACUCACCGUCUCUCUCCUAGAACCGCCGCCGCCAAUGGCUCGCACCGCUUCCUAUACGGCAACCCUCUCUGCACCAUGGCGGAGUCCCCGGAGCUCCCUCCGUGGCUCAAGUUCUCCGACACCCCGACCCCUCCAGACGCUGACUCAGACGACAACUUCGUUAUCCCUUCACUCGCUCACUGGGUCGACACCCACAUGCUCACUACCAAGCCCAAAGUCCUCACGCAAUCACCCAAGCAAGACAACCUCGACGAACUCGAAGCAGUAACCAAAGUUCUCCAAAAACGCUACCCUUCUCCCGAGUUAGCCGCUUUAGCACUCGAUGGACUUAGUUUUCAGCCAUCAAGCGGUUUGGUUUCGCAGGUUCUCAACAGAUUCAGCAACGACUGGGUCCCAGCUUUGGGUUUUUUCAAAUGGGCAAAAUCUCUAACAGGUUACCGGCAUUCCCCCGAACUCUACAACUUGAUGGUUGACAUCUUGGGAAAGUGCAGAUCCUUUGAUUCCAUGUCGGAGUUGGUGGAGGAAAUGGCAAGACUCGAAGGGUAUGUCACACUGGAAACCAUGACCAAGGUAAUGAGGAGGCUUGCCAGGGCACGCAAGCAUGAAGAUGCUAUUGAAGCAUUUCGCAGAAUGGAGAAGUUUGGUGUCAAGAAGGACACUGCAGCGUUGAAUGUUCUCAUUGAUGCAUUGGUGAAAGGAGACAGUGUUGAACAUGCCCACAAGGUUGUUUUGGAGUUUAAGGGUUCGAUACCUUUGAGUUCUCGUUCUUUCAAUGUUUUGAUGCAUGGCUGGUGCAGAGCGAGGGACUUUGACAAUGCAAGGAAAGCCAUGGAGGACAUGAAGGAACACGGGUUUGAGCCUGAUGUUUUCUCGUACACUAAUUUCAUUGAAGCGUAUGGCCACGAGAGAGAUUUCCGCAAGGUUGAUCAAGUUUUGGAGGAGAUGAGGGAAAAUGGGUGCCCCCCUAAUGCUGUGACUUAUACUAGUGUGAUGCUUCAUCUGGGGAAAGCAGGGCAACUGCGUAAAGCUUUGGAGGUUUAUGAAAAAAUGAAGAGUGAUGGCUGUGUGGCUGACACUCCAUUUUAUAGCAGCAUGAUAUUUAUUCUUGGCAAAGCUGGGAGGUUAAAGGAUGCUUGUGAUGUGUUUGAGGAUAUGCCUAAGCAGGGGGUCGUGAGAGAUGUGGUGACAUACAACAGUAUGAUUUCUACUGCUUGUGCUCACUCGCGGGAAGAGACUGCUCUUAGGUUGCUUAAGGAAAUGGAAGAUGGGUCGUGCAAGCCGAAUGUUGGGACUUACCAUCGGUUGCUUAAGAUGUGCUGCAAAAAGAAGAGAAUGAAGGUGCUCAAGUUUUUGUUGGAUCACAUGUUCAAAAACAAUAUAAGCCCUGAUUUGGCAACUUACUCGCUUUUGGUAAAUGCUCUACGUAAAAGUGGAAAAGUUGAGGAUGCUUACUCGUUUUUGGAGGAAAUGGUCUUGCGGGGAUUCACUCCGAAACCCAGCACGCUCAAGAAAUUGGCUGGAGAGCUUGAGUCCAAGAGCAUGUUAGAAGAGAAAGUGCGUGUUGAGGAAUGGAUGGACCGCUUUUCGCAGAAUCCAAUUCGGCCUGGCCUAUUGGAUCGGUCCGACCGGGAUCCGGUGACCUAAUCGAUCCAGUUUCACUAUUGAAUUGAUUAUACAAUUGACCCGGUCAGUUAGGUACCAAUCUCGAUUGAACCGAUUCAACCCAACCAGUUUUAUAAAAAGUUAAAAAAAAAAUGGACCUCCUCUACGACUUCGUCUUGAUG